AUGAACCCACGCUACAUGAGCCCAUGUACCGUUUUCUGGGCAUAUUGGCACUUGGUGACCAUCCCAGUGCCUGUGCUGGCUGCCCAAAGACUCUACUGCUCCAAGAAUGAAAUUGACCACUGCCUGUGCUCUAACAUGGGGGUCAUCAGCCUGGCUUGUGAUGACAUCACUGUGAACAAAUUUUACCAACUAUUCUCAGCAUGGAUCAUACUUGGGAGCGAUAUGGCUCUUGUUUUUUCUUCCUAUGCACUAAUCCUUCACUCUGUGCUGAGGCUGAACUCAACCAAAGCAAUGUCCAAGGCUCUGAGCACCUGCAGCUCCCACUUCAUUCUCAUCCUCUUCUUCUACUCAGGUAUCAUAGUGGUAUCUGUCACACACCUUGUAAAAGAAAAGAUUCCCCUUAUCCCUGUACUCCUUAAUGUGCUGCACAAUGUUAUCCCCCCUGCUCUCAACCCCAUGGUCUAUGCUCUCAGGAUGGGAGAGCUCAGACUGGGUUUCCAGAGGAUACAUGGGUGGGUGAAUUUUCCACCCACAUCAGAAGUAACCUUAGCUUUAUAAGGCCAUACAGAUGUUAAUAUGACAGAGGUUGUAGCUCUGAAUAGGCCUAGAUUGUAAAAAAUUGGGGGAAAAUACAAUAACAUCAUGAAAACUGUCAGCCUCACUUAUUGAAAUAGACAUUUAAAAAGUAUAAUUCAA